AGGACUAAAAUCAGUGUAUCACGAAUCGUAAGCCCUAUAGCUGUCGUUCAAGAUGCCUGAAAUAGAAGAGGAAGCGAACAAAUCGACCAAUGCCUCCCGGAGACCGAGUUGCCUAACCCCAGGUAGGCAAGCACUAGCCGAUUCCAUGAUGAUAUCGGUCACCGCAUUCGUUUCCAAGCUCAGACGUGGAGAUCCACCCACCAUCUAUAUAGUCCCACAAAGAAUCCAGCAAGUAAACAAGGUUGCUUAUGAGCCUCAGAUGGUGUCGAUCGGCCCAUACCAUCACGGCAAUAAGAGCCUACAAGGAAUGGAAGAGAACAAAUGGUUGUACCUACAUUCAUUCCUCUCCGGUAAACCCAACCAUCGGUUGGAGGACUACCUCAAGGCGAUGGAGGAAUUGGAGGAUAAAGCGGGAAGUUGCUACUCCGACAAUAUCGGUUCCCAGGUGGGCAACGAGUUUGUGAAAAUGAUGGUGCUCGAUGCUUGCUUCAUUGUCGAGAUCUUUCUCAUGUUCCAUCCGAUCGAGCAAUGGGAGGAGCUCAAGCAAAACGAGGAGGAUCUCGGUCUUCUUUCUGCAAUGGAUCAGGAGUUCUUUUUCCAUUCAAAUCGCUUCGAAGACCAGGUACUUCAUACGAAGAGGAAGGUGGACCUUAUAGGGUAUGAUAUGCUCCUCCUUGAAAAUCAAAUUCCUUUCUUCGUUCUUCAGCGUAUUUUCAUAACCGCUUGUCCAGUGAACGUACCAGAUUUACUUGAGAAGAUGGCCCUUCAUUUCUUCCAUAGAUUCAUGCCUAUGAAUAAGAAAAUCGAGCUCGAAGAUCGCUACUAUCAUCUGCUUCAUUUGUUCCGCUCGCAUUUCAUACCAACCCCAACUGAUCAUGGCAAGGAGCACAACCUUUUGUGCAAUCCUAUCAUUAAAUACGUCCUCAACAAGUUGAAGAAUCUACUCAUCUUCCUCCCAUCUUCAAAAGAGACCUCGUUGCCUAUUACUGAACCGCCCAAGAUGAUCCCUUGCGCGACUGACCUCGAUCUUGCGGGGGUCAAGUUCAAGAAGAAUGAGGAAUCGAAUAGCAUCUUGAACGUGAAAUUUAGCCACGGGGUGUUGGAAAUCCCGCUCUUGUCGAUAGAUGACGGCAGCGAAACUCUCUUUCGGAACCUAGUAGCGUUCGAACAAUGCUGGCCGAACGCAACAGACCACUUCACGACUUACUUCUGGUUCAUGGAUUGCCUUGUCAACACGUCCAAUGAUGUGGCGCUGCUCCAUCACAAUGAGAUCAUAGAUCAUAGGUUGGGAAGUGAUGAGGAUGUGGCCCAACUAUUCAACCGUCUCUGCACUGGGAUAUUUCAUGAUCCUGAGGAAAGCUACCUUUGGGAUCUACAUCAGAAUGUCCAAAAACAUUGCAAGAACAAAUGGAACAGGUGGCGGGCGAUCUUGAAGCGUGAUUAUUUCACCAAUCCAUGGUCUUUCAUUUCUUUAAUCGCAGCUUCGAUCCUCCUCCUGCUCACCAUCACCCAAACUUUCUUCACCAUCUUUCCUUAUUACCGACCGCGGUCCUAGUUCUUGAUCAUCAUGUUUUAAUGGUUUAGAUUAUUUUGAUUUUUCUCAUUUGUGUUUCGCUACUUGUGUGUGAAAAACAUUACUGUAGAAUAUAAAUCUUCAUUUUCUUUUAAAUCUGGUAACUCAUCCCCACUCGUUUAGGUUCAGUCAACUGUACUCAUCCCUAUCAAGUUCAAAUUGACUCGGAUCAGUUGCAUAUGACUCGGACGCGUGGCGCGCCUAUCGAUCAUGCCAGCAAUUGUUAAAGUCCCUUUCUAUA